GAUAGUGGAGAACGUUUGGCGCUUGUGGCUUUCCAUACUGCAGGACUCACUAUUGUGUCAUUGGCUCUCUCCACCCACGUUGUGUGUCAAAGAGGCGCUGUGCUGCUGAUGCGCUCAUAUCCAAACGUUUGCGUUCCACUGCGAGUGUUCAAUGUCAUUGAAGAGCAGGUUUCAGGUUUAGCUGCCAUUAACCUCGCCUGUGCUUUUGGCUAGGAAUAAAAGUACUGUGUUUAUGCGGUGCAGAAGUGAGACGGAUCUCGGCUUAGCUGUGGUGGUAUGUAAACAUGGGCUGCAUGUGAGGAGGACAGGAGCGCGCGCGACAGGGAUGCGGAGCAUGGGACACCAGCAGUCCACUUAUCGUGAGGAAUCGUCUUGGGAGAUGACAGAUGGAGACAUCGGGAGGAUCGGAGCCUGCCAGCCUGCAUCCUAAAUGCGCCAUGGAGCAGGAGUUCAGCUUCAGCGCUCUGAAGAAGCUGGCAGCUGAGCCGGACUAUGCGGAUGUAACCCUGCCGGCAGUGGAACGUGUGCGAGCGCUCAGUAAGAUGGGCUACAACAUUGAGAUCAGCGAGGACAUCGCGCCACGCCGCUACUUCCGCUCAGGGGUAGAGAUGGAGCGAAUGGCUGCCGUCUACCUGGAGGAGGGCAGUUUGGAAAAUGCUUUCGUCCUCUAUAACAAGUUUAUCACGUUGUUUGUGGAAAAACUCCCCAGUCAUCGGGACUAUCAGCAGUGCAACGUCCCUGAGAAACAAGUCAUAAUGAAGAAGUUGCAAGAAGUGGCUUUUCCACGUAAGGAUCAGCUGAGGAAACUCCUCCAUGAAAAAUACAGCAAAGAAUACAGUGAAUAUCUGAAGAAGCAGAGCCAGGCCAUGCCUGUAGCUAUGUGUGGAGAACAGUUACAGAGGCUCUCUUUGCUGGAGGAAGAGAAACAGCGUGUUGCACAGUUGAGAAAGAUGCAGCUGGAGUCAGAGCAGUUCCGCUACUUCGAGGACCAGCUGCGGCGUCAGGAGCAGGCCAACCGUAAACAGGAUGCUUUCCCUAAAGAACCUGAACAAACGGAUGGCUCAUGCCUAUCUCAGACUCCAAAAAACCACACGCGCCUUGACCCCAACCGCAACAAACAAGCCACACCUCUACCCAAACCUGCGGCCACAUUAGCUGCAGUCCAGAAUCAGCAAGUAGGCCUGAGGCGGGUUCUAAUUCCUCGAGACCUGACAUACAGGUUCCUUCUGCUGGCUGAUCGCAACACAGCCAGAGGCAUCGAGACAUGUGGAGUACUCUGCGGAAAACUGACUCACAACGAGUUCAUGCUCACCCAUGUGAUUGUGCCCAAACAAUCAUCCGGGCCCGACUACUGUGACAUGGAGAACGUGGAGGAGCUGUUCAGUUAUCAGGAUCACCAUAACCUACUGACCCUCGGCUGGAUCCAUACACAUCCCACUCAGACAGCUUUUCUAUCCAGUGUGGAUCUCCACACGCACAGCUCCUAUCAACUUAUGCUGCCCGAGGCCAUCGCCAUUGUCUGCUCUCCCAAGCAUAACGAUACCGGAGUGUUCCGCCUUACCACUGCUGGAAUGAGUGAGGUGGCUGGCUGCAGACUCAAAGGCUUUCAUCCACACUCAAAAGAUCCUCCCCUCUUCACUAUCUGUAAGCACGUGGUUGUGAAGGACGCUAAAACGACAGUGCUGGACCUCAGGUGACAGAUGAAGGGAGGACAUGCUUCAGUAGAAGCCACAGACCCAGGAGUUUUAUUUUUGGCUACUUGAAGGCUUUUUUGUAAUUUAUUUAUUUAUUAAACAAAAAAGUACUGUGAAGUGGAGUCUGUGUUGCACAGGUUGCUGUUGGCAUCUUGUAAAGAAGCUAUAAAGAUUUUAAAUGGUGUUUUCUCCCUGUGUUGCUAUUUGGGUAUUUAAAGAUCUUUGCUUUAGCAUUUGUGCCUGUUUAAAAAGCAAUCUUUUUGGACAGUUUUGUGGUCAGAUCUGACUUGCUUGUCAGGUUGAAUUUAACUGUGUGUCCUGAAGGUGGCAUGUUUUAGCUAUGAAUGCCACAACCAAAAUGUGAACUUUUUUUUACCAGGAUGCAAAGUUAUUUCUAGACAGUUGCCUUAUGUAACAUGAUGUGAUUUUAGAUUUUUAUUUUAUUCCUUGCCAUUUACUUAGAUAACUUUUACCCAAUAUGCAUUUGCAAAUUUUAUAACUUGUCAGUUAUUCUGAAGUGGAUUAUUACAGCACCAGUGUUUAGUCAAUGGACCUCAAACAAUAAUCAAUAUGUAUUGUUCAGUGUACAGCUAAUGCAGCCAUGUCCAGUUUAAGAAAUUCAGGUCAGUAAAGGUGAUGUUUGACUUGUCACUGAAGGUACUAAAGCAAUGUUACUAUGAUGACCUAUUUGGCAUUAGUAAUAGUGCUCAGGAGUUUGGGCCUUAAAAAAAAAAAGGUAAAGCUGAGCAGCGGAAAAAAAAAAAAGAUGUCCCCCAGUUUUGCCUCAUUUUAUCCUUAACCAAAGCACCUACAAUAGAAUAAGCAAAGAAGCCUAAUAAGCCUUAUUAAAGGAGCCACUGCCAGAGGUUUGAUAGAACCAGUGAUCUCAGGUACUGUAUCAUCCUCUUCUGCUAACAUUCUAACUCAAUCACACAGUGGCUCCUCCUCUGUAUUUCAACUUUCCAUUCCACAGUGGUACAACAGAAAAUGACAAGUUUCCAAGUUCUGAUAUGCUCUUUGAUGUUGAUUGGUGUCUUGUUAGCAUAUUGUGAAUUUUGUGUGCGCUGUGGCAUUGUACAUUUUCCUCUAUUUUUCGUUUUUGAUGUAUGUCUUUGUCCGAGUUUCAGUAGUUCCACGGAAAACCUUUUUUGCUCAUUACCUCUGCAACAGGAACUUGUGGGCAAUAUGAUGCAGUGACUGUACAAUGUUUUUUCCCCCACUGCCAUUUUUUUUUAAAUAAAAAAAAAGUGAGUUUGUGAA